UGGGGUCACUUCCUGCUCCGUCCCAGUCACCCUGAACUGGUCCCCGGGUCCUCAGCCUGGGAUCACCCCUUGAGAAGGACCCCAGAGUCCUCGGCGUCCAGCCUGCCCCCCCGAGGCAGGGCAUUCAAGGGGUUAAGUCCCCUGGGGCUGGAUUCUGCCUUCCGGCCUUCCCCAGACUCCAGAGCCGGUGCCUGGAACACUGGGCAGUCCUGAGCUCUGGGAUGGAGCCUGAGACGGCACUGUGGGGCCCCGAUCUGCAGGGUCCUGAACAGAGCCCCAGCGAUGCUCACAGAGGUGCUGAGAGUGGGAACGAAGAGGAGAACCCUCAGCAGGAAAGUUCUGGGGAGGAGAUCAUCUUGGGAGAUCCAGCUCAGAGUCCAGAAUUCAAGGACCCAUCAGAGAUGCCCCCAGAGAGACCUUCCCAGGAUCCAACAGUCCCUCAGGACUCCCCAGCCCCACUGGGUCACCCCAACCCCUUGGACCAGCAGACGGCUCUGGAUCCCCCCGCCCCUGAGGUAGUCCCUACGCCCUCGGACUGGACCAAGGCCUGUGAGGCCAGCUGGCAGUGGGGGACGCUGACCACGUGGAACAGCCCCCCGGUGGUCCCAGCCAAUGAGCCCAGCCUCCGGGAGCUGGUGCAGGGCCGCCCUUCUGGGGCCGAGAAGCCCUACAUCUGCAACGAGUGCGGCAAGAGCUUCAGCCAGUGGUCCAAGCUGCUGCGGCACCAGCGCAUCCACACGGGCGAGCGGCCCAACACCUGCUCCGAGUGCGGCAAGAGCUUCACGCAGAGCUCGCACCUGGUGCAGCACCAGCGCACACACACGGGCGAGAAGCCCUACAAGUGCCCGGACUGCGGCAAGUGCUUCAGCUGGAGCUCCAACCUGGUGCAGCACCAGCGCACGCACACGGGCGAGAAGCCCUACAAGUGCACGGAGUGCGAGAAGGCCUUCACCCAGAGCACCAACCUCAUCAAGCACCAGCGCUCGCACACGGGCGAGAAGCCGUACAAGUGCGGCGAGUGCCGGCGCGCCUUCUACCGCAGCUCGGACCUCAUCCAGCACCAGGCCACGCACACGGGCGAGAAGCCCUACAAGUGCCCCGAGUGUGGCAAGCGCUUCGGCCAGAACCAUAACCUCCUCAAACACCAGAAGAUCCACGCCGGCGAGAAGCCGUACCGCUGCACCGAGUGCGGCAAGAGCUUCAUCCAGAGCUCGGAGCUGACCCAGCACCAGCGCACGCACACCGGCGAGAAGCCCUACGAGUGCCUAGAGUGCGGCAAGAGCUUCGGCCACAGCUCCACCCUCAUCAAGCACCAGCGGACCCACCUGCGCGAGGACCCGUUCAAGUGCCCCGUGUGCGGCAAGACCUUCACGCUGAGCGCCACGCUGCUGCGGCACCAGCGCACGCACACGGGCGAGCGGCCCUACAAGUGCCCCGAGUGCGGCAAGAGCUUCAGCGUCAGCUCCAACCUCAUCAACCACCAGCGGAUCCACCGCGGCGAGCGGCCCUACAUCUGCGCGGACUGCGGCAAGAGCUUCAUCAUGAGCUCCACCCUUAUCCGCCACCAGCGCAUCCACACGGGCGAGAAGCCCUAUAAGUGCUCCGACUGCGGCAAGAGCUUCAUCCGCAGCUCCCACCUUAUCCAGCACCGGCGCACGCACACGGGCGAGAAGCCCUACAAGUGCCCCGAGUGCGGCAAGAGCUUCAGCCAGAGCUCCAACCUCAUCACCCACGUGCGCACGCACAUGGAUGAGAACCUGUUCGUGUGCUCCGACUGCGGGAAGGCCUUCCUGGAGGCGCACGAGCUGGAGCAGCAUCGGGUGGUCCACGAGAGGGGCAAGACCCCGGCGCGCAGAGCUCAGGGCGACAGCCUGCUGGGGCUGGGCGACCCCGCCCUGCUGACACCGCCCCCAGGAGCCAAACCACACAAGUGUCUUGUCUGCGGAAAGGGCUUCAACGACGAGGGCAUCUUCAUGCAGCAUCAGCGGAUCCACAUCGGAGAAAACCCCUACAAAAACUCGGAUGGCCUCAUCGCACACCCAGCCCCCAAGGCGCCUCAGUUCCGACCCCCCAGGCUCCCCUUCGGAGGCAAUUCCUACCCAGGAGCUGCGGAGGGCCGAGCUGAACCCCCCGGACAGCCCUUUAAAAUGCCCGAGGGGCAGGAGAGCUUCAGCCAAAGGCUGGGCCUGCUCUCUUCCAAGUCCUACAUUUGUUCCCACUGUGGAGAAAGUUUUCUGGAUCGGGCCGUGCUCCUCCAGCAUCAGCUCACCCACGGCAAUGAAAAGCCCUUUCUCUUCCCUGAUUAUAGGAUUGGUCUAGGGGAAGGGGCCGGGCCCAGCCCCUUUCUAAGUGGAAAGCCCUUUAAAUGCCCUGAAUGCAAAAAGAGCUUUGGCCUCAGCUCUGAGCUGUUGCUGCACCAGAAAGUCCACGCAGGUGGGAAAUCCCAGAAGAGUCCGGAGCUGGGGAAGAGCUCUUCUGUCCUCCUGGAGCACCUCAGGAGCCCCCUGGGGGCCAGGCCCUACAGCUGCUCAGACUGUGGGGCCUCCUUUCUUGAUCGCCUGGCGCUCACCCGGCACCAGGAGACCCACACCCAAGAAAAGCCCCCCACACCUGAGGAUCCCCCUCCAGAGUCAGCCACCCUGUCCACGGUCCAGGAAGGUGCGGCAGAGGCCCCCACCCCCACGGGGAGUGGCCACCAUGGGGACGGGGAAAACCCCAAGACCCUCUUGGAAGAAAAGCCCUAUUUGUGCCCUGAGUGUGGAGACAGCUUCACGGAAGUCGCAGCCCUCCUCCUCCAUCGGAGCUGCCACCCUGGGGUCACCUUGUGAAAUGGGUCUGGAGACCAAGGGCCUCUCUCUCCUGAGAGGAACACUGGCUCUCCCCAGAGAGGGUGGGGGAAAGGAGGAAAACCCUAUCAGGUUGUAGAGAAGCGGAGGAUAAAGAACCCGGGGUAAAAAUAGUUCUUUUACAUCAGUGACGAGAAACCCUAUAAAAAUGUUGGUGGGAACCACUUAAUAAGGCAGUAGAGAAAAACUGUGGGUUAGAAACCCUAUAAAUAUGUAGGAAAAAAAAAAAAAGCCCUUUAAGUCUGUAGCAGAAAAACCCUAUAAACCAUAGUGGAUAAAAGCCCUAUUAAUUGUAGGAAGAGGUCCCAAUAUGUCUCUAGACAACCCUAUAAAACUGUAUCAAAAUCCUUGUGAAACUAUAGGGUCGGGGAAGUGCAGGGAAUCCAGUGGCAUUGACUUGAAAGGAGUGACCCUCAGAAGGUGUAGCAGAGCCUCCCAUGAACUUGUCCCGCAGUGUUCCCUCCCCCUGGAGUUCGGAGGGGGCCUCUCUCCCAGAAGCCUUGGACAGUGACACUGAGGAAAAUGCUCAGCUGGGGACUAGUGUGGGGGGAGGUGAAAAACAAGGGAGGAGGAGCCCCCAGGCCCACAGAGAAGAAACAACCCAGGGAACUAGGAGGAGAAAGUUCAGCUCCCUGCCCUGGGGCUUCCUCAGGGGAUGAGGCCGAUCUUAGGUGAUUGCCUGUUAGAGGAAGAGGCCCACGGAAUUCCUUAGGAGGAAGAACCCAAAAAUGGGGAAGGAAAAAAAAAAGUGAUGUCAAGCCUUUUUAAAGGCUUAAGUUUGGGGUGCAUAGGAACUUCAAAGAACACUGGGAAACCACCACAAUAGGGGGCAGGGAGGGAUUUCUGUUAGGGUGCUUUGAGGAAAGCAAGCCAAGGUGAAGUGGUGUCCGGAUGGAGGCCAGCAAACUCGGGGCUGCCCAGUGCUCCCCGUUUCCGGGAGCUUGUUAAGCUGCAAGUGCAAGCAGAUCCCAGCUCCAGCCACCAGGGCUGUU